CGGCUCCGGCUCCGGCUCCGGCUCCGGCUCCGGGCUUGCUGUCAGGAAGGAGUAGCUUUUUGCUUUUGCGGCGUGAGGGUGUGAUUUGUCCGGCUCCAACCUCAGAGGCCGCCGGUAACUACUCUGCGCUCUCGUUCGUGCGUCCAUUCAGGCAUCCGUGCACGCAUUGAAUGUAUACGUUGAGGGAUUACAACAAUGAUUGAUGCCGGGCGCUUGUUGGGUUCCAGGCGGCGUGCUAAGAGCUGCGCGUAGCUUACCUCUUUUAACCCUCACAGCAAUCCCAUGGCACAGAGGAUAAUGCCUAUAAAGCUAUGCAAGAAUCACAGGAAACCCACAUAUCCAAGUACUUAGACGAAAUUGUGGCGGCUGUCAGCGUCACGCCGAGAAAGAAGUUCGCCAGCAGGCUGCCUCAUUCGGUCCUCUUCCAGCCUCCGCGAGAGCAACUCCAGCUCUGCGAAGAGAAAGCAAAGUUCUACUCCAGCCGGCGCGAGUAUAAGCAGGCGAUCCAGGAGCUCGUGCGCUGCGUGGCGUUGACCAGGAUCUGCUAUGGCAGCUGCCAUUGGAAACUAGCAGAGGCGUAUGUUAAUCUGGCUCAAGGCUACCUCCAGCUGAAAGGAACGUCCCUGCAGGCCAAACACCAUGCAGAGAAAGCCAGAGAAAUCCUCACCAACUCCAUCGUGCCUUCCUGUGAUGACAACACAGCUGUUUUCAGGUGUUCCGUUGAGCUAUUCCAUACCCUGGGGAGAGCCCUACUCUCCCUUCAAAAAUUUAAGGAGGCCACAGAGAACUUGGCGAAAGCAGAGACGCUUUCAGAGGAGCUGCUGCGAUGUGGAAGGAUCGUGAAGGAAGAGUGGAUAGAAACCCAAGCUCGGAUCAAGCUGUCAUUCGCGCGGAUGUAUCGGGGCUGGAGGAAAUCGAAAGAAGCUCUGCCUUACUACCAAGAGGCUUUAGAACACACGGAGAGCAGCAAAGGGGAAAAGAGUCUCGAAUGUGUGCCGGUGCUGAGGGAACUGGCGGGCGCAGAACGGGCCCUGAGACUCCACGACGCGUCCAUCAACCACUUCCUGCAGGCGCAUCUCAUCGUCCUGAGCGCAGAGCCGUCCGGAGAGGAGGCAGCGGAGUCCGCGCGCUGUGUCGCCCGCGCCGCUGUGGCUUCCGGGAGGCCCGAGCACCACGUUCGCCGCGCUACAAGCAUCUCUGUGGUUCCCAUUCAAAUCCGCGAGCCGUUUUCACAGUUGUUGUCGCGGUGCUUUGCUUCAGAUGUGGCCGAGCGGUACUUCCGAGAGAGCCUGGCUCACCUGAAGGAUGCGGAAGGGAUGGGGAAAGCCAAGUUUCUCUCGGUUCAAGACGAAUAUUGCCAUUUUCUGCAAGGCGCUGGGCAAGAGGAGAGAGCGACCUCGAUCCUGAGAGAGUCCCUGGAGGCCAAAGUGGGGGCGUUUGGUGAUCUCAGUCCUGAGGUGGCGGAGACCUACCGGCUCCUGAGCGGCGCCGACCUGGCGCAGGGGAACCACGGCGGGGCCCACAAGAAACUGAACAAGUUGUCCUGGAGGAAGAUGAUGGUAGCUUGCUCCAUGACAGUGGCCAGGGGAUGGAGCAGAGUCGUGGGGGAGUCGAGGGGUGUCGAUAAGGAUAGAGAGCUCACGGCACUUGGCAACGCAGAGUGUCUCCAGAUUCAGACCCUCCUGUAUGGACCGCAGGACAGGCGGACGCUGGCCACCCAGCAGGCCCUGGACGUCCUGUCCAAGGCCCCAGAGAUGGCCACCGUGAAGCUGAGGUCGGCCCCGAGGGCCAGACCGACCUUCUGCACCGGCGUGGCCCAGCACGCGGCGCCCAGGAGGGCCAGGCCCCACGUAGCGGACUGAGACCCACCGCACCCCAGGACAGCUCGGGCAGGCCCGGGCGCUGGCGACACGCCUCCCCAACCGGGAGGUGGCAUCAGCAGGCACCUCGCGAGCCCUCAGGUGGGCAGGGCGCCCCCUCACACGCCUCCGGGCCCCUGUGAUGGUGCGUGGCCUUUCCUGGCCUCUGGUGCUCCCAUAAGCAGUUUCCGUUUUACCUCCUAAGUGGUUCUUCGUGCCAACAAAUGCCUUUACCCACCGGCACGACUGUGGCCCGAGAGCUCCUCUCGAAAAGGUCAAGGCUCCCCACGUGGGGAAAUGUCGACAUCUCACUGCGCGUACACAGCCCUCCGCCCAGGUCGGGAGUCCGGUUUGGAGUUCAAUUCUGGGAAAAGCCCCCUCUGACGGGAAGGUAAUAGGGAUGGAGAAUAAAAGGCUGAUAAAAGGAGGCUUGAAGGUGCUGGAGUCAGUGUGUGGGCGGUGCUUCCUCCCCCCGACCGCCCCUCUUCCCCAGGCUGCAGGCUGGUGCCAGGAUCACAAGGCUGCCCUCGCCCCAAACCACUGGUUUCAUCUGUGAGAGAGGCCACCUCCGGAAUCCAUGGGAAACCAACCAAAAAGAUCCGAGUGACAGGGCGGAGGGAGGCAGGGUCCCUUGUCCUCCUCAGGCGGGUGACAGCGACCACACAACCCUCUCAUACCCCCCCUACCCCUCUCCUCCCCUGCUCCCCCCAGACAGGCCUGUGGAAUGAAGGCCGCAUGGGAAGAAGGGGCGAGAAUGUCCCAUCUACCACCACCAGGCUCCCUGGCGGUGACGGUGAGGUUCUCACCACACACCGUCCAGUCCUAUGUGAACACCAGCCACGGGGCCGGCCUGCGCUCCGUCCGCCACGCGUUCUCGCUCUGUGCUAACCGUGUCAAGUCCUGGAUGAAUUCAAGAACGAGCUUUUCACAUGGGUUCCCCAGUGGAUCCAGGCCAUCAUGAAAAGCACACAUGUGAACACAUGUUUUCAUUAGCGUGUAAAAAGGAAACACGAACACCUCACCCCACCCCCACCCGCCAUGGAGACAUUCUCUCGAGUGGCAAUGCCAGGGUUUUUGUUGUUUUCUUAGAUUUUUAUUUUUACACGUUUUGUGACAUUUCCCUUCGCAGGGAGGUUAGCAAGGGAAGCCUUUUAGACGAGGCCAUCCUCAAUACACAUUGUAAACAAACAACAUCGAAGCAGCCCGCCGGAAGGUGAGAAGCAGUCCAUGAAUACCAUUAAGGCGAAACAACAGUAAAUAGGAAAAGACCGCAUCCUCACCCCAAAGCUAUGCUCACUUAUUUCUCCUCCAGUUAUCGGUGACGAAGACCAACUCUCCCUAAACGUUCCUUGAAGCCGGGGAGAUGCGGUCUCGGGGGCCUGAGGGCCGUCGUGUGAAACCCAGAGGGGAGAACUUUCAAUGCCACCCUCACCCCUGAGGCCAUGACCUACCUGAGGGUGAUGCCAUCUGGCUCACUGCUCCUCUGUGCACAACGGGCAGCUCUAUGAUACUGUUAGAAAAGGCGUAGUCUAGGAUACAUCGUGGGAAAGAAACCAGCUUGGAUUACAAUAUGCUGGGGUGUGUGAGAUACUAGUUUUAACGUGACGUUACACCUUUAAAGAUCGAAGCUUUCAGCCCGGCCUGCACAGCUCAGUGGUUGAGCGGCGACCUGUGAACCUGGAGGUCACAGUUCGAUUCCCAGACAGGACUCAUGCCUGGAUUGUGAGCUCCAUCCCCAGUAGGGGGCGUGCAGGAGGCAGCCGAUCCAUGAUUCUCUCCCAUCAAACAAUGAUUCUCUCCCAUCGAUGUUUCUCUCUCUCUCUCUCUCUCUCCCACUCUGAAAUCAAUAAAAAUAUAUUUUUAAAAACUGAAAUGCCGCAAUAGCCUGGAGCUACCGUCUCCAUAAAUAAGAUGCUCUAUUUUCUAAACUUCUGUACAGAGAAAGCUAUUCAUUCAAGUCUUACAGUGGGUUUAACUCUAUGACGUGUCACUUUUUCCUAAAGGUGAAAUCAUGUAGAUUUCAAGUGAGCCAUCUGCUUAUCUCCUAUGAUUUCUUUCUGAAAAGACUUCAGAAAGAGAAAAGUGCAUUGUUUUCUUUUUUUUUUCCCCUUAUAAGGUUAGUUGACUAUUAGUAGCACAUGCAAAGAAAAUGUCCUCUGUAAUAUGUAACUUUUAUCUGGUUGCCGGUGCGGCAGCUUACCUAAAGGUAGAGUUGCAAACAGGUGCGAGGCAUGUCUGUGACCAGGUGCAAAUUGGUGCAAACCGUCCCCAGGAGCGAAAACUCCCAGG